AUGAUUCCCCGCGACCAUCAGAGCUACUUUAUCACAAAUGAUCGUAACUCUGAACUUCAUCCCCCAAUGGUUUGCGCUUCCGAGGCUAGUGGUUCAUCUAUUGGGAGAGUUUAUAUAAGCGCAGAGACAUCAACAAGAUCAUCCAAGAUUCAAAAUACGCCACGAAACGAAGUAGAUUAUGAUUACCUAGGAGUACUACAAAAGUCAGAUUAUCACUCGAACACAUCUUCUCAAUCAUGCCUUAGCUUUUACGUUCCACCGACAUUUGAUACGGAGAGGAUGCAUGUUGAGAGUGAGCAUUCGAAUUCAGGUACGAGCGGAUUCACAUUGUCUGAGAGCGAUAAAAGUGAAGCUCUGAGCAGGGUAUCGGGUUAUGUUAUGGCCGAAGUCCAAAGAGGCUCUAGAAUUGUUCCCGAGGGAGAAGCAUCCUCAAAAUUGAGGAUAGAUCCUGACGAUUUUGAAAGGAAGCUCUUGGUUGAAGAUCCUGACCCUUUAUUUCACAGAUCCCUUAAUAGUGCUUUACAGGGCGAACCCCUGGAUCAAGUACUGGUUGAGCAAGUGGGAUCUUUUGGAGUUCAUAACCUAAGAAGUGAUACCUUAGGUCAACUACCCCGUAUGACUACUAUUGAAGCAUUACCAUUGCAUUUGUCGCCCCCAGUUCUACCCACUAAAGAAGGUUUAUUGGGAAAGAUCACUCAGUUAGAAGUUCCGCCUGCUGUACCAAGUGGAGAGAUAACACCUAGCACUGUGGUCCUUCCCGGCGAAUAUUUUCGUCGGCGCCAUAGCGGAUCUCAUAUACUUUCACAUGGGCAUAGGGAUUUUUGUCUGAAUCUUCAGAUUAUAGAUCAUGUACCAUCGCCGUCGCCAAAAAUACUUAUCGGACCUCGGGGAAAAGACGAAAGUGAAGGGAAGAUCGAAACUAAAACCUCCCGGGAAUUCGAAGAGAGUUCAGUUGGCCUAACCAAUGAAUACCCAGCGCAUAUUUCUAGGGGCCUUGCCGAGAAAUCACCAUGCAUGAGAAGUUUGAGAAAGGUUAUCGAGAAGGACGGCCUAAGAAUUCUUUCGCAAAAUAAUUAA